ACACACUUGUUUCCACACACUUGUCUUUAGCGCCCACAUCACGUGACCUGGUUCCCGGGAGCGCGCGCUGUCUGUUCCAGCUGGUGAGAGGAGCGAGCGAGGGGGCGGGAAUGCCAGGCUGACGCUCAUUGGUCAGAAGCCGCGUUGACUGACGGGAAGUGCUUCGAACUGAGUGGCGGCAAAUGUGUCAGGGCGCCUAAUAGUGAGCGGCUCCGAGACCCCCAGGCUGAGUAUCGGGGGACACAGGGCGGGAUAAACAUUAACCUCAAGUAUCAGUCUCAUUCCCACGUGACAUGGCGGCGAGAACCCCCCAAAAGAGGAAACUAAGCUCGGACGGGCGCCAGGCUUUCUAUGGAACUCCAGUGAAAAAACUGACGGUUUCGUACAUCAACUGCCAGUCACCCCUUACGACCUGGAACUGCAGUGGGCGAAAUAUAAAGAAGAGCCCCCCCGUCACAAGCUGCACAGACAUGUCUGACCUUACAGAGAAGGAGAUUAUCGGGGUGAAGUGUAACACUGCCAGGAAACUUGUGGUCUCACCCAUCCAGACAGAGGCCGUGCCCAGAGCAGUGAAUAGAAACCCCCCACUUGUCUCUUCACCCCGACCUGCGUCCCCAUUCACUGCCUCCCUCUCAACUCGGUCCUUUUACAAACGGGACAAGUUCUAUAUGACCCCUCUGGACCGGAAACUGAUCAAUGAAAGUAAAUCAUCAUCGAGCAGCAGCGACGGCUCCAUCUCCUCUUCACCCAGUCCCAGGACUGAGCCCAACAACAAGCAGCUGCAAGCCAAGGGUAAGUCCAGCAAUAAAGGCAAGAAAACUCCUACGGGCAGUGCAAGGAAGACCCCUCGUAAGCCCACCCCAUCUCCUCACAGUGCAAGGAAGACCCCUCGUAAGCCCACCCCAUCUCCUCACAGUGCAAGGAAGACUUCUGAUAAGCCCACCUCAUCUCCUCACAGUGCAAGGAAGACCGCUCAUAAGCCCACCCCAACUCCUCACAGUGCAAGGAAGACCCCUCGUAGGCCCACCCCAUCUCCUCACAGUGCAAGGAAGACCCCUCAUAGGCCCACCCCAUCCCCUCACAGUGAUAAAUCCACCAGUGAAAGGGGAACUGAGAUAAAUGCCCUUCCUUCUAAGCCCACCCCAGAACCCACCAGCACUCUCGGCAUGAAGACCACCUUUCUGGGGCUGAAGAUGAAGCCAAGGCCCAAACUCACGGUCGGAGCAGCAGGCAAGAGACCCCACUCUGCUCCCAAGAGGCCGUCUCCAAAUAUUAAAUUCCCCCAUUCUGCAAAGUGGGUGAAGCAAGGCUCCAUGCCCAUCACUAAAGCUUUGCCACCUCACAGUGUAAUUAAAAGGGUAGUCUGUGUGGCUGAAGGACAGAAGCUGAGACAAGAAGAGGGGAGGAAGAGGCGCAAUGAGCCCUCUGAAGAGAAGGGAGGAAUGAAACUGAAUCAUGUGGCCGAGGAGUCUGAAAGCAGCGAGGAAAUUAAAGUCCGGAGAGAUAAUGUUGGUCAAGAGAGUCUACCUACCUCUCCAGAGCAAGCAGAUACUGGCAUGCAGCAAGCGGAGCCGGAGUCUUCUGUGAUGGACUCGGAGCAUCAGGACAGAGUUGUACAAAAACCGUGUGAUAAUAAAGGUUCAACUGCCUUUCCAAUCUUCAGCACCCCGGCGGCCAAUAAGAGACGUUUGCAGCUGAGAGGAGAUCUGGCCUCCCCUGCCUUCUCCAGCCCCCCGACUGAUGCCCCUGCUCCCUUCAGAUUCCCUAAAGAAGGCAAGAAGAAGAGAGAAGGAAGGAGGGUGACUGAGGACCAGCUCGUCAUUGAUGCCGGGCAGAGGCACUUUGGGCCAGUAACGUGCAGCACGUGUGGGAUGGUCUAUGCUGCAGCCAAUCUGGAGGAUGAAACUCAGCACGUUCAGUAUCACCAGAGGCUUCUAGAGGGAAUAAGAUAUGUGGGCUGGAAGAAAGAGCGAGUUAUUACGGAAUUCUGGGAUGGAAAAAUCAUAAUGAUGUCGCCGGAUGACCCUAAAUACGCCCUGAAAAAGGCGGAAGAAGUUCGGGAGCUGGUGGAUUCAGAGCUGGGAUUUCAGCAGGUUUCCUUGAGGUGCCCAAGCCAGACCAGAACCUACAUGUUUGUAUCGAACGAGAAGAUUGUUGGCUGUUUAAUUGCAGAGCCAAUCAGAGAGGCAUAUCGAGUUCUCACAGAGCCCCCGUCUCCACACUCGUUACACAGGGAACCUCUAGAACACCAUCGAGCUUGGAGGUGCUCCACUGAGCCGGAACCUGCUUUAUGUGGCAUCAGUAGAAUUUGGGUGUUUGCCCUCAUGCGCAGAAAAGCCAUCGCUAGCCGCAUGGUGGAUGCAGUCAGAAGUUCCUUUAUAUACGGCUCAGUCCUUUCCGCUGAAGAAAUCGCCUUCUCCGACCCGACUCCUGAUGGCAAACUGUUUGCCAGCACUUACUGCAAGGUUCCGGAUUUCCUGGUGUAUAAUUUUGUCAGUUAGGAGGGAGAGGUGUUGUUGUUGUUCCAUUGCACCUUCCCUCAUGCAAUAAAUGCUUUGGUUUUAAUUGAUGGCAGUGGGUGGAUCUCUAAAAAUUCUUUAAAGGUGAACUAAACCCCCCCAAUAAGAAAAGCCCCUAUCCCUGCUUCUCCCCCCCACAUAGUUGAUUACCCCUGAAAGUGCCCAUAACACCGUACUCACGGAUAAAUGCAGAGUAAGCACAGCAGAGCACAUGGCCGACAUCUUCUGAACGUCAUAUUGGCGCAUGCACAGUUGGAGCAGUUUUCCUGUUCAUAGCAACUGUGCAUGCGCCUUAAAGGAGAAUCCAACCAUUUAACCAUUUUCAAAAAAAAAACCCCUACCCUCUCCCUCCUCCU